AUUAUGCAACCCAAACCUCCAGUGAAGUUUGAACAAAUGUGUCAGUCUUUUUCUCCCCAUUCAUUUUCUUCUUCUUUUUUUCGUUGUUUAAAUUCCAGGAGAUAAAAUGAAACUUUUUUUUUUUACAAAGUAAUGGACCUGGUUCUGGACCUUGUCCUGGUCCUGGUUCUGUGUAUGAGGUUUGUUAACCUGAGAAAGUGAUUGAAGUCAUGAUCAAAUCAGAUUUAAUGCUGGAGGAAAGGUCACAUUAUUAUUUUUACAUUUGACAUUUAAUAUCGUGGAAGCAACGAAAUUGUAAAACGGAGCGAGAAUCUUUCAAAACAACCUUCAGGCGUCAGACAAUCUAGAAUUAUUAUUUUUUUAUUUCUAGGCAAUUCAUGUUCAGGACAAGGUCAAGUUUGUUCUGGAGGGAAAAUAUGUUUUUGUUACAUAUUUAUGGAAUAUUCUCGAUUCUGUUCCUAUAACUUAGUUUUUAUUCACAUGUUAUCAAAGAGAAAAAAUAUAUUUCAGUUUCAGAUCACUGAGUUUCUGUCCUGUAAUAAUAAACAGAUUUUCCAGACGUAAACAAUCAGUUUUUGGUCAAUAUUCUUAAUUCAAACACACAUUGAUUUUAAUUCAUAUUUAAUAGUCUGUGAAACAUGAAACGUGGCGCCAGUUGAGGCUGAAACGGUUUCAGCUCAUGAAAACAUCUGAUUAUUAAGGUUUAUAUAUGAGACAUAAAUCAUCAUGUAAAGAUAUAAUCUACAAACAUGUCUACGCCACCACUACUUAACACUGAAUAUAAUAAAUCUACUGUAAAUAAUGUUCUUUUACAUCAGUUUGACUUCAUAAGGAAAUUUUAUUAUAUAUAAUGUAAUGUAUAAUGUUACAUUAUUUUAAAUUGAACAACUUUUUCAAUGUUGGACUUUUCUUUGUAACAUUAUUUACAGUGUGUUUACAUUGUUGAAUAAAGUCUUUUAUCGUUAGUGAAUAAAUGACGUGAACACUUCUUCAUGUUUUUCAUGUUCCAGUUGUUAUUGUUAUCUCUACCAUAUUAUUCAUUUUCAAAUUGUUGUUUUAUCUUCUGCUUAACAGAAUAAUAAAACAAAUAUUAAUAACAAUAAUAUUUAUUGUACAUCACCUUGUUACUCUACUUCACUUUACUUCACUACUGAGGAGAACAGCGCCCCCCUGGUUGAAGCGGCUCGUGACGGUAAGUGUGUGGGUGGUCAAAUGUGGUAUUGCACUCACAGUCAGUCGUGUCGAAUCUGCCGAUGAGAAACAGGUGAGGAGGAUCAACGCCAGGUGAGGUGUCACUCACCGGACGACGAUGAAGUUAAACCGACGCAUUAAAUCGACUUUAGUUUAAAUCAAACGGAACGUUUUACAGCUGCAGCGGAGUCCGCUCAGUGAUGACGGGAGAAGUUGUUCACCUUAAAAACAAAAUGGCCGACACGGAGAGAGCGGGACGUGAGGAUGAAGAGGAGCGGGUCCACUCCCGGUCCGGAACCAGGUCACAUGAAGGUCUCACGGUUUAAAUAUGGUCCAGGAACUCUCUUCACCUGCUGCUCAGCUGAAACACCUGCGUCUCAGAGAGCUCCUCGUCCAAUCAGAGUGCCCCUUUUCCAAUCAGAGGGCCCCUCGUCCAAUCAGAGGGCUUCACGGCUCGAUGUCCGCCCGCUGACUCGUGUUCGAGUGCUCCUGGUUCCACCUGGACAGACGGACGAGGACGGAGGAGAGGAGGAGGAAGAGGAGGAGGGGGCGGGAGUGAAGGCGUCCGGUCGUCACGGUGACUCGGCAGGUUCCGCAGGUGUAUAAAGAGGCGGAGAUGCCCGGUCUGUCACAACGGAGACGAUGGCCUGGCUGCUCUGCAUCACCUGCAUCCUAGUCUGUGGCCCCGAGCUGCUGCAGGGCAAAGCCUCAGAGUACCAGCUGGAAUCAGAGACGCGGAGCAAAUGUGAGCUGCUGAGGGCCGUGGCUGUUGCCGAGCAACAAGGUGGCAUCCCUCAGUGUACAGAGGGUGGAAGGUUCAGACCUGUGCAGUGCAGUGGGCGGGGUCAUGAGUGUUGGUGUGUGGAUGCUAAAGGUCAGGAGGUCGUCGGGACUCGAACCAACAGCUCUGCACCUCACUGCCCGUCUCCCUGCCAGCUGCAGUCAGUUCUGCGUUGUUCUGCGUCCGGCCUGUUUGAGUCAGUUCAGUGUGAGUCCAGCAGGGGGCAGUGUUGGUGCGUGGAUCAGGACGGCAUGGAGCUGUACGGGACCCGACAGAGUGGGACGCCUCAGCGCUGUCCUGGCAGCUGUGAGGUCAGAGGUCGGCGCCUCCUGCAUGGCUCCGCCCCCCGUUCUCCUCCUCAGUGUGCAGCAGACGGAAGCUUCCUCCCUGUUCAGUGUCAAUUCAUCAACACGACGGACAGAAGAGAGGUGGACCUGCUGCACGCCUUCAACAGUUUCCCAGAAGCCUUUGAGACCUUCAGCAGUUUCAGGAAGUUCUUCCCGAUGGUUUCCUCAUUCUGUUUCUGCUCUGACAGCCGAGGACGAGAGCUGGAGAACACAGGUGUGGAGCUCCUCCUGUCGGACGUGUAUGACUCGUCGUUCUCUGGCCUGCGGUCCGGUCGCUCUGUCUCUCAGACCAGCGUGUACCUGGUGCUGCAGAGGAGGAUGCUGGGAGUUCGCCUCGCGCUCACCGGACACUUCAGAUGCCCCUCCCCCUGUGAGGAGGAGCGGCGGGCGGCGGCGUCCGGCGUGUUCGUCCCAUCCUGUGACGACGGAGGACGCUUCAGUUCCAGACAGUGUCAGCAGGGGGGGCAGUGCUGGUGUGUAGACCCCACAGGGAGAGAGCGUCCUGGGACACGACAGCUCGGAGACGCCCUGGUCUGCAGUUCAGGUCUUGACGACUGUCUCUCUCAGCGUCGUCGCGCUCUAUCCCGUCUCUUCUCCGGUCCCGUGGCUCCUCCCCUUCUUGGCAACUCCUCUGGCAAAUCUCCAGCUUCUUCCUGUCUCUCCCUCCUCCGACCUCUGCGGGACGUCCUGCCCGUGGAGGCAGACCCGACUUCCUUCCUGUCUCGCCUGGUCGAAGUGCUCCAGGGUCUCUUCCCCUCGGUGGGCGGCGCUGUGCGGGCUCUGUCAGGCGCCUCCUCCCGUCGCCUCCAGGAGAACCUGUUUGGAGGGAAGUUCCUGAAGAACGCCGCCGCCCUGAACCUGAGCGGGGCGGUGGGAGCUCGAGGAGCUCUGGGUCUGGAGCGGCUCUCCUCUCUGAGCCUCAUGAAGAACCGGGACCUGGUCCGGUACGUCAGCAGAGCCCUGGAGGACGACGCCUUCCUGUCCGCCCUGCGACGCACACUCACGGGCCUCAGCAGCUCACUCUCUCUGGAGCAGGUUCUGACUCCUCUGCUUCGUUCCUGCUCCGCUCACGAGGACCACGAUGGGGCAGCCAUCUUUGUUCCCAGCUGCAAGUCCGACGGCGGCUUCCGGGAGGUCCAGUGUCAGGGAGGAGGAGCCUGCUGGUGCGUCGACCCUCAGGGGCGGGAGGUGGCGGGGUCUCGGAGCUCUGGCCGUCGGCCUCGUUGUCCGUCCCGAUGUGAGAGAGAGCGAGCGGCGGCGCUGGAGGUGAAAGGAAACAUGGCGGCCGGAGCUGAAAUCCACAUCCCGGCGUGCUCGGAGGACGGAGACUUCCUGCCGCUGCAGUGCGUCGGCUCGCGCUGCUUCUGUGUGAACGCUGAGGGACGACCCAUGACAGCCGGGCCAACAGGGGGCGCCGUCACCUGUCCAGAUAGACAGACUCAGAACCUUCAGUCGUUCUCAGGUCACUGUGCUCGGGCGCUGGCUGAGGUCACGGCGUUCACGGAGCAGGCAAAGGGCAUUGUCGCUCUCUCCGGCUCCUCCCACCUCCCUCUGGGUUAUGGAUUCCUAUUGGCCGACGGCCUGCGUCUGACCGCCGACGAGCUGCAGGUCCGCCGGUCGCAGGAGGAGCUGCAGAUCUCUGAGACGCUGCUGAGUCGGUCCAACGCUGCUCUGCAAUUGGCCGCUUACUCCACUGUCCAGAUGUUCCUGCCUCCUCAGCGUCGUUCCUACCUGCCGUUUACGCCACAGUGUGACGCUGACGGACAGUGGCUGUACACACAGUGUUACCACAGCACAGGUCAGUGUUGGUGUGUUGAUGAGGAAGGAGACUACGUCCCCAACUCUCUGACCAGCCGCUCACUCAGCCUGCCCAAAUGUCAGACUCGCUGUCAAAGAGCUCGGGCUCGCACUUUGCUCUCUGGUUGGACGAAGGGCUCUGACAUCACCGCCAGCUCACCUUACCAACCAAAGUGUGAGGAGGACGGUCGUUACUCCGUGCUGCAGACAGGAGGCGCUGCAGGCUGGUGUGUAAACCCUCUGACUGGAGAUUGGAUACAGACGGCCACGCGGGGCGCUGCAGGACAGCUGACAUGUCCCAGCUGGUGUGAGCUUCAGGGUCGCCAGUGUCGCCCCGACGGCUCCUUUGUCCCAUUGCAGUGUGAUGUCACUUCCUGCUGGUGCGUCUCUAUGGACGGACAGGAAGUUGGAGGGACCAGGAUGCCUGUGCAGACGGGACGGACCCCAUCGUGUGACCGUCCCCUCUGUCCCGACCCCGUAGUUACCCAUGGUGCACUGCUCUGCCGUCCGGCAGCGGAUGGUCGUCAGAGCUGUGAUCUGGUCUGUCACCAUGGUUACCACAACACACUUCCCGUCGGCAGCUUCCUGUGUGAGACUGAGGGUCGGCGAUGGGACGGAGCUGACAAACCACUGAGUGGCGCCUGUCAGAUCUCUCAGCCUCUGCAGUCGGUGUCGUUCUCUCAGUUCUGGUCGUUAUCGUCGCCCUGCUCUCAAAUCAGCAGUUUACAGUCUCAGCUGUUCAGCUCCAUGACCAGCAGGGGGCUCUGCUCCGCUCAGCUUCCUGUUUCGGGUCACUCUGUGAUGUUGUGCGACGAGUCGUCGGUGCGUCUGCAGUGUGAUGGUGACGAGUCGAUGACGUUAACAGUCACGUGGACCGCCGCCCUGUCUGACCUCCCUACCUCUGACCUCCCCGACCUCCACGACAUCGGUCUGUUCCUGAACGAGUCCAGACUCCUGGAUGGAGUUCAGGGGCUUCUGGGUAAUAUCAGCUCCACACUGGUUUCCGUGACAACACCAAGCUUUGGCUGUUCCCGUGGUUACCAUCUGGCCGGCGACGGCGAAGGCUGCGUCGUCUGUCCUGCCGGGAGCUUCUCCAGGGAGGGGGUGUGUCUCCUGUGUCCACAGGGAACCUAUCAGGAUGAAGAGGGGCGGGGCUUCUGCAACAGCUGUCCCAGAGGUUCCUCACCUGCUGGAGCAUCGUCUGUCGAUCAAUGUGUGACUGAAUGUCAGAGGCAGGGUCUGCGCUGUUCGGAGCGAGGCGACUUCCUGUCGGGGCAGCCUGACUUCCUGUCUGGCAGGUGGAGGUGUGUCAGCAGCGAGGGGGCGAAGCUCGAGUGGACGGACAGCGAUAAAGCUCUGACGGAUGAGGAGUGCUCAGUCCUCGGCAGGUUUCAGUCUGUUCCAGGAUCAGAUCUGAUCGUCGGAGCUGAAGACACUGAAGUUCUGCGGACGAUGACCUCUGACCUCAAAGCCUGCGUCCAAGCGUGUGCAGCGGAGCCGUCGUGCCUCCAUGUGGCGUUGUUCAACACACAGUGUGAACUGUACAGCACUCACACACUGAACACACACUGCAACACGUCCCAACAGACAUCGGGGUUUCUGGGUAAUCCUCAGGCCGAGCUCUUUGAUUGGCUGAACUGCUCUCCGAGAGUGAGGGGUGGGUCUUCAGAUCUGCUGGUCAUCAGGAAGAAAGGGGCGGAGUUUCCCUUGCAGCAGCAGCGGGGGCGGAGCCUGGUGAGGAUGAGGAUGACGAAGGCGGUCUCGGGCGUGUUCAGGACGCAGGUGUUCUCCGGACACACGUCUCUGUCUGACGCUCAUCGUUUCUGUCAGGACGGCUGCGACCACGACACCUGCUGCGACGGGUUCAUCCUGAACCAGAACCGUCUGCACGGAGGCUCCGUGCUCUGUGGUUGGCUGAGAACUCCGUCAGUCUUGAUGUGUGGGGACCAGGACUGGGACGUGAUUGGACAAGGAGCCGCCAGUCGUAUCUGUGGGGCGGGGCUAAGCUACAACGAGCAGCAGAGGAGCUUCGUGUUCGACUUCGGAGGCCAAGAAUUCACCAUCACUGAUUCUGCUCUGCCGGCCGACAGUAAGAAGAAGAAGGACUACCAGGCCUCCAUCGUCAGCUUCCAGGCCGUCUACCUGAACACUGGUGCAGACUCAGCAGCUGGUUCUGGUUCUGGUUCUGGUUCUGGUUCCUCUUCCUGUGCAGCAGCUGAACUCCCUCGACCUUUGGACAGCUCGGUGCAGCGGAGGUUUGAGUCCCUGUCAGAAGACGACGUCCUGGUGGAUCCUCAGAGGAACUUGUCCGUUCUGUCCUUCUGGCUCAACAAGAAGAACUACGACUCCCAGCAGGCACUGCUCUGGUGUCUCACACGCUGCGUUGCCGAGCGCCGCUGCUCGGUCGCCGACCUCAGAGACGCCGACUCGACUGGUUUCUUCAGCUGCUCCUUGUUUCCGGACACUCGAGUCUGCGGCGCCUACGACAAACCGCUGAGGCGAGCCUGUCGCCUCCUGCUGGACAGAUCGCCCAACAACACCUACAGCAGGACGGUGGAUCUGUCAGGACCAGUUAAGAGUUUCUACGAGAGAGUUUCUUUCCAGAAGAUGGUUUCAUACUCUGUACGCAGCCGAGUCAGCGUGAGAGGCAACACACCGCUGUCUGAGGGGUUCAUGCAGUGUGAGCGGCGUUGUGAUGAGGAUCCUUGUUGCCGUGGUAUCGGCUUUGUCCGGGACACCGAAUCUCCAGGCGGUGCAGACGUUGUGUGUCUGUCUCUGAUCAGCCUCGGGGUUCAGACGUGUGGUGAAGAUCACAUGACCUCCUGGAGGACUCAGGACUGUCGCCCGUCUGCAGUGAAGACCUCGCCCGACCCCUUCGGCUGGUACCUUAAACCAGUGAAUCAGUGGAGUUCUGCUCCUGCUCUGUGUCCGUCGUUCAGCCUGAGCCCACGCAACGUGUCUCUGGACGAGUGGCGUCUCCUCUCUGACUCAUCAGUCCUCGUCGACCCGUCUGUCUCUACGUAUGAUAUCAUCCACAUAAGCCGUGACAUCGCCACCGACAGGAACAAGACCAGGGACUGGUGUCUCCAUGCCUGCCAGGAGGCGGAGUCUUGUGUCGCCGUGUCACUCAGUGAGGUGGAGUCUGCCUCCCGCUGCGUCCUUUACCCCGACACCACAGCUUGUGGGCUAAGCUCCGCCCCAGGCUCCUCUCGACCCUCCACCUCCUGCCGUCUGGUCAUCAGAGAGCCCGCCCCCCAGGUGUACCUGAGGACAGAGCGGUCGCAGCCGGUUACGACCGUGUCCGUCCCGGGUCAUGGGAUCCUGCAGGGCGUUGCCGUGAAAACAACCCUGGGGUCAGACCAGAAGACAGUCGUUCAGUUUCUGGGAGUUCCCUACGCCCGUCCACCAAUAGGAUCGCUCCGCUUCCAAGAUGCUCAGCCAGCUGAUUGGACGGGAACCUGGGACGCCACCAAACCACGACCCAGCUGUCUGCAACCCGGUGACGCAGCCUCGUCCUCUUCCUCCAGUGAAAACUGUCUCUACCUCAACAUCUUCUCACCUGCUGCUCAGAGGGGGCGUGUCCCAGUCCUGGUCUUUUUCUUCAACCCUUCAGCCAGUCAGAAGCCAGGGCUGCUGGACGGUUCCACCCUCGCUGCUGUGGGUAAUAUCGUCGUGGUAACGGCACACUACCGGACCGCGGCGCUGGGGUUCCUGAGCACAGGUGAAUCUGGUCUCCCUGGCAACUACGGGCUGUCGGACCAGGAGGCGGUGCUCCGCUGGGUUAACGCCCACAUCUCCCUGAUGGGCGGAGACAACAGUAGAGUGACGGUGGGGGCGGAGCGUGGUGGUGCUGACAUGACCAGCCUUCACCUCCUCGUCUCCUCCUCCUUGUCUCCUCCUCUGUUCCAGCGCAUGAUGCUAAUGGGCGGCUCAGUCUUCUCUCCAUCCCUGCUCCACUCCUCCUCCUCCUCUUCCUCCAGACAACAGACUCUCGAUCUGGCCAAAGAGCUCGGCUGUGUGACCUCUGACCUCGUCGCCUGCCUCAGAACGACGCCCGUCGACAAACUCAACGCUGCUCAGACCAAGCUGCUGGCGGUCAGCGGUCCAUUCCGGUCUUGGUCGCCCGUCCUCCGUCGGUCCGACUCCCCGUUGUCCCUCCGCGGCGUCGACCUGCUGCUGGGAUCAUUGGAGCAGGACGGGCUGAUCGUCCGAGCUCGACGGGUCAAGGACUUUGAGGCUCUUCAGGGUCGAGCCGACGGGAAGACGGCGUUCUACGAGGCGCUGAGGCGCUCGCUGGGCGGCGAGGCGGGAAGCGAGCUGCUGAAGGAGGCGGCAUCCUGGUUCUACUCCCUGGACCACGGCCCCUCCCCCGCCGGGUACAACCUGUUCUCCAGAGCGCUCGACAACGCCACCAGAGAUCUGUUCAUCACGUGUCCCGGGCUUCGGAUGGCGAGUCACUGGGCGAACGGCGGCGCCAACGUCUUCCUGUAUCACCAGCCGGCGUCCGCAGCAGACCACAGGGCCGACGCCUCCGUUCCUCUGGACGUUCAGUUUGUGUUCGGGACUCCUCAUCAUCCAAUCAGCUCUCAGCGUUUCCCGACCUCGGGGCGUCGCCUCUCUCUGGCCAUGAUGACCUACGUGUCGAGCUUCGUCCGGACGGGGAACCCGAACCCGUCACGCGUGUGGGAGGAGUCAGUUCUGCCACGCUGGCAGCCGGUCCAGUCCUCUGAAGCCACGCCCACCUACCUUGAGAUAAGCCCCGCCCUCCGUCACCGCCAGGGCCUGCGUCAGAAACCCUGUUCGUUCUGGAGCCAGAUGGGAACGAGGCUGAGCCAAGGGACGGGUGAGUCGCUGGAGGAAACGUUCCGACCUGUGUUGAUCCUCGAGUCGUCAUCAGCAAUGAGCCAAUCACAGGCUGAGAAAGACACCUACAGUUAAACGAUGAUGUCACACUUUCUUAUCUCCAGCUUCUGUCUGAUUAAAAUAAUGAAGAAUGAAACAAAAACUGUUCAUUACUACAAAACAAACAAUCAAUAAAAAGCAUUUCAAACUCUG